AGAGAAAUGCGAAAUUGGUGGAAAAUUUAUAGCAUCGGCGGGUCAAACCAAUAAAGUGCGUUAUAUAUUUUAAGCCUCAAAUGUUCCAGAGCAGGCCGCAAGGUGAAUUAAGUGCGCACGUUCGUCCGUUGCGCCUCAAUAGGAUAUGCGUGCAGAAUUGCCAUUUUUGCUGGUCGAUAUAAACUUGCCAUUGGCUGUCUAUUAAAGAAUUUUAAAACGUGCAGAAACCAAUUUGGACCUACAUAGUAACAACAACUACGGAGGCGAGAACAAUGUCAAUGUCGGCGCAAUAAGGCAGAACUAACAAUAUCGACGACAUAAAUACGCAGUAGUGCCAAGUAUAUUGUGCGUAUCGUUGGUGUUGGAUCGUCGGCGGGGGUGGCGGCAGGCAGACAACAGCUGGUACCGUGGAAUUGAUAACAAAUAAAAUUACUUGGAACAGGCAACAACAGUCAACAAAGUGGCAAAAGCAGCCCAAAAUGGCUGCAACAAUUGCCGGCGCAACGCCCGCGGUUGACUUUCAGGACAUACGGCUGGAGGAGAAAGUCGGUCAUGGGUCCUAUGGCGUGGUCUACAAGGCCACUUGGCGCAAUCAGCUGGUGGCUGUCAAAGAGUUUGGUGCCAGCGCCGAACAGAAGGCCAUCGAAACGGAAGUCAAGCAAUUGUCGCGCGUUAAGCAUGUCAAUAUAAUCGCAUUGUAUGGGCUAUCUUCGUAUCAGCAGUCAACUUACCUAAUUAUGGAAUAUGCAGAGGGCGGGUCACUCCACAAUUUUUUGCAUGGCAAAGUGCAGCCAGCAUAUUCGCUUGCACAUGCAAUGAGCUGGGCGCUUCAAUGCGCGGAGGGUGUUGCCUAUCUGCAUGCCAUGUCGCCUAAGCCGCUGAUACAUCGAGACCUGAAGCCACUUAACUUACUGCUGACGAACAAGGGUCGCCAUCUGAAAAUAUGUGAUUUCGGUACCGUAGCCGACAAGUCCAGCCUGAUGACGAACAAUCGUGGCAGCGCCGCUUGGAUGGCACCCGAGGUUUUUGAGGGCUCAAAAUAUACGGAGAAGUGUGAUAUUUUCAGUUGGGCCAUUGUGCUGUGGGAGGUGCUGUCACGCAAGCAGCCCUUCAAAGAAAUUGACAACACAUACUCCAUUAUGUGGAAAAUACACAAGGGGGAACGUCCGCCUUUGUUGCACAACUGCCCCAAGCGGAUUGAAGAUCUAAUGACAGCCUGUUGGAAAACGACGCCCGAGGAGCGGCCGUCCAUGACAUAUGUGGUCAAAGUAAUGAACGAGAUUAUCAAAGACUACUCGGGCGCCGAUAAACCGCUAGAAUACACAUUUAUUAACCAGCAGAUCGUGACCAAAGAUGGCGAUGGCACAAUGAACGAGAGUGCACACUACGAUGUUUUGGAUACGAACAAUUUGAGUCCUAAUGCCACUGACUCGAGUGUAACUUCCACACAGCUGACGCCAACAAAUCCGCGAAGAACAACAACAACAAACACUGAAGCAACCACAACAAGUUCAACCUCAACCACAAAUACCUCAAAUACAUCAACGCCCACAAAUGCGGGCAACAUUGACAAUAAUGCGGUCUUCCAGACAACGCCAAAACCAACAACUACUUCGCAAGUGCCACAAUUGACAAUAGUUACCAGCACUACCUGGGAUGCCAUACCCGAGGAGGACAGUGUGUGCGAAACUCGAAACGAUAGCUUCAAUCUAUCAUCAUCAAAGGAAGCAACGAAACGUUUGGAGUCCAUACGAAAUAGUAUGAUGCAGAGUGCACGCACACCCAUGUCCGAGCUGACAUUGGUUGUAGAACCGAAUGACUUCGACCAGGGUCGCAAUGACAGCUGCAUGGCGAAAAGCGAUGGCAAGGAACGGCUCACAGUGACGGACACCAAGCCGGUGAUAAUGACUGCCCCAAGCCACACACUGGCUACAGAUCUAAGCAAUAACAAUAACAACAAUAAUAACAACCACAGCAGCAGCAGCACCACCACCACCACCACCACCACAGGCGCUAACGACAAUAACGAUGCCGACAACAACGAUGAAGAUAGUGACCGUUGCGCCGAUAUGGAGGAGAAUGAUGGCACCGAUCAAUCACUGGCCGAGAUGCUGGACCCCGAACUGCAGCCCGUGCUGCCCAUACCAAAUAAUGCUGAGUCGCAGGCGAUUUAUCGCGAUCAUCGUCACAUGGCCAAAGAGUAUCUGGCAGUGGACACAAGUCUCUACUACGCGCAGGACUUUAAAGAGAAGCUGAUCCUGCAAAUGGAUGGCAUGGAGCGUGAAGAUAAAAAGGAUCUGUUGCGCAAAAUCAAGCAUAAGGAGGAUCUACAGGAUCUGUACAAUAGUCUGCGACAGCAGUGGCAGAAGCGGCCCCCCUGCCAGGCCCUGAACAUGCACCUGCCGGGAGGUGGCAACAAUAGCAACAGCGUCAGCAAUACGGAUGUGAUCGGCAGCAACUUGCCAAAUCGGGACAGGGAGGCAGAAGAUGGUUGGGUGGUGAUAGCGCCCAUUUCCGCACGCACCAAUCAGUCUUAGCUUGGGAAUUUUUAGAUUUGUAGCCAUGUACUUGUAUAGGAUAUGUACUUCUCGUAUGUUCUCUCUGUUGCAGUUCGUCCCUCACAGUGUAUUUGUAUGUGUCCUUUAGCUGUACGAUAUAACGAAUGCAACGCUAUAGUCAUAAGUUUUAGUCUUGCAAUUAUACGAGUAUGUGCAUAUAUGUAUUUAUAUAGCCUUGUGUAUGUCUGUGCAUAUAAAUACCAGCCAUAUAUGUUCUACUGUAAGCGUUUAGGUUUUAAUUUCGCAUCUAAGUCCGUUUUGUUAACCAAUGUGAUUCGAAAAGAGAGUGUACUGGUUCGCUUGUUUCAUUUUAAUCGCGUCUUUCGUCAUGUCUUGUGUAUUUAAAGAAAAGAGAGCAAACAUUUUGUCAUUUUAAUAUUAUUGUUGCACGCAAUGAGUGCGAUGUAACAACACAAGCAAACUAAAAUAUUUGAGUCACAUUUACCAAAAAUAUAUUAUAUAAAAUAUGUUAAGCAUGUAAAUAUACACA